GUGUGUGUGUGUGUAUAAUAGCAGCGAAAGAGGCGCUGAAACGAGAGGAGGAGUUGCGGCAAGGUCGCUACAGCAUCACGCGCAGACUAGCUAGCUGCCCUCGCCACGAACCACAAUUUAUAACGGACCUCAUCCCACAUCUCAACACAGACACACCAGUCGCCUCCGGUCGCCUUUAUUAUUAAUCGCACCGGAGCUUCACUAAUCACGCGCUCAUCCGGACCUGAAAGCUGAUGCCUCGCGCCGAGUGGUCGGUAAACUCCAUUUGCAUCCGCGUGUGUGAAAGUCGCAGACUGAAUCCGUGAGCGGAAACUAGACGAGUCUUUCCGUUCACUCUUUAGAUUAGCAGUGCGCGGGGAGGAGUGUUGAUAGCUAACGCUGAGAAGAGCCUGGCAUCACCGCAUUUCGCCGGGGCCCAUUACUCAGAGAAGAUCACGCGUUCCCGCUUGGCCAUGUCUUCGCUUUCCAGUCCAUCUUUCGUGCCGACAGAAGCCCCGCAGCCAGAGAUGGACUUCUUGGGCUUGAACGGCGGUAAAGGACCGUCCGGUCCGACUCCGAGUCAGAGUCGUUUUCAGGUCGAUCUGGUGGCCGAAGCGGCCGGUUCUGAUCAAACCCCUGCUUCCUCUUCUCCGCGUACGGAGGACGAUAAAACCGGCAGGGCGCGCGGUGAUGAAGCAGCGAGCGGAGAGGAGGCUAAAGGACGCUUCCGCGUGGUGAACUUCGCAGACGCGAGCGGGGACCCGAGUCCAGACGCGGCGCCCGGCGACGGCCUGCAGAACGGCGACACGGCGCUGAGCGAGGGCAGCGUGCACUCCUCGACCGGCGGUCAGCAGCACUACCACUACGACACGCACACCAACACCUACUACCUGCGCACGUUCGGACACAACACCAUCGACGCCGUUCCCAAGAUCGACUUCUACCGACAGACUGCGGCACCACUGGGCGAGAAGCUCAUCAGACCCACCCUGUCUGAGCUGCACGAUGAACUGGAUAAGGAGCCAUUUGAGGAUGGAUUUGCCAACGGUGAUGAGCUGACUCCUGCUGAAGAGGCUGCAGCUAAAGAAGCAGCUGAGCCCAAAGGAGUUGUGAAGUUUGGAUGGGUCAAAGGAGUGCUGGUUCGCUGCAUGUUGAACAUUUGGGGUGUGAUGCUCUUCAUCCGCAUGACAUGGAUCGUGGGCCAGGCUGGAAUUGUGUGCUCUUGCAUCAUCAUCUUCAUGGCAACUGUAGUGACCUCCAUCACGGGCUGCUCCACCUCUGCCAUAGCGACCAACGGUUUUGUGCGAGGAGGAGGGGCAUAUUAUUUGAUAUCCCGAAGUUUAGGCCCUGAGUUUGGUGGCUCCAUUGGCCUCAUCUUCGCUUUUGCCAACGCUGUGGCAGUGGCCAUGUACGUUGUAGGCUUUGCUGAGACUGUUGUUGAGCUCCUUCAUGAGUCUAAUCUGAUCAUGCUCGAUCAGAUUAAUGACAUCCGAAUUGUUGGAAUCAUCACAGUCAUCAUCCUCCUUGGGAUCUCCGUGGCAGGCAUGGAGUGGGAGGCCAAGGCUCAGAUCUUCCUGCUGGUCAUCUUAAUCACUGCCAUCUUCAACUACUUCAUCGGCACUUUUAUCCCCAUUGAUUCAAAAAAACCACAAGGAUUCUUCAGCUAUGAUUCUGGGAUCCUGGUGGAAAAUUUACUGCCAGACUUCAGAGGUGAAACCUUCUUCUCAGUCUUCGCAAUCUUCUUCCCUGCAGCUACCGGCAUUCUGGCUGGUGCCAACAUCUCAGGAGAUCUUGCAGAUCCACAAAUGGCAAUCCCAAAGGGAACUCUGUUAGCCAUCGUUAUCACCGGCAUCGUCUAUGUAGGUGUUGCUGUAAGUGCAGGAGCUUGCAUUGUGAGGGAUGCCACAGGUUUGAAGGUCAAUGAAACGUCUCCAAACUGCACUAGUGCUGAAUGUGCAUUUGGUUUCGAUUUCUCCUCCUGCAAGACUUUCAAUACAACCGAAAGUUGUAAGUAUGGACUCCACAAUAACUUUCAGAUUAUGAGCGUGGUGUCGGGUUUCGGCCCCCUCAUCACAGCCGGCAUUUUCUCGGCGACCCUCUCCUCUGCCCUGGCCUCUCUGGUCAGUGCCCCCAAAGUGUUCCAGGCUUUAUGCAAAGACAACAUUUACCCCGGCAUCGCUGGAUUUGGGAAAGGUUAUGGCAAGAACAACGAACCCCUGCGUGGUUACUUCCUCACGUUCGGCAUCGCCCUGGCCUUCAUCCUUAUUGCUGAGCUGAACGUCAUCGCACCCAUCAUUUCUAACUUCUUCCUGGCCUCCUACGCUCUGAUCAAUUUCUCAGUGUUCCACGCCUCCUUGGCAAACUCUCCCGGAUGGAGGCCCAGCUUUAAGUACUACAACAUGUGGGUGUCUCUGGCUGGAGCUGUGCUGUGCUGUGUGGUUAUGUUCGUCAUCAACUGGUGGGCUGCGCUCCUGACCAACGUCAUCGUCUUAUCCCUCUACAUCUACGUCAACUACAAGAAGCCAGAUGUGAACUGGGGCUCUUCCACUCAGGCGCUGACCUACCACCAGGCGCUCACACACAGCCUGCAGCUCUGCGGAGUCGCCGACCACGUGAAAACCUUCAGGCCGCAGUGUUUGGUGAUGACCGGCGCUCCUAACUCUCGGCCGGCUCUCCUCCAUCUGGUCCAUGCCUUCACCAAGAAUGUUGGCCUGAUGGUGUGUGGCCAUGUGCGAAUUAGCUCUCGAAGGCCCAACUUAAAGGAGCUGAACAAUGACAUGCUGCGCUACCAGCGCUGGCUUCUCAACAACUCCAAAGCUUUUUACACUCCUGUCAUUGCCGAGGAUCUCCGCCUGGGCACUCAGUACCUUCUACAGGCUGCUGGACUCGGGAGGCUGAAACCCAACACACUUGUGCUCGGCUUUAAGAACGACUGGAAGAACGCAGAUAUGAAAGAAACCGAGACUUACGUCAAUAUGAUACAUGAUGCUUUUGACUUCCAGUACGGUGUCGUCAUUCUCCGGCUGAGAGAAGGCCUUGAUAUUUCCCAUAUUCAAGGCCAAGACGAUACCUCGGGCAUGAAGGAUGUGGUGGUGUCCAUCGACCUGAGCAAAGACUCGGACGGAGACUCGUCCAAGCUCUCGUCCAAGACCACAAGCGUUCAGAACAGUCCAGCUGUCCAGAAAGAAGAUGAUGAGGAUGGCAAAGCUCCGACACAGCCCCUGUUGAGAAAAGAUAAAGCGAGUCCCACCGCACCCCUGAACGUGGAUGACCAGAAACUGCUGGAGGCCAGUCAGCAGUUCCAGAAGAAGCAGGGAAAAGGAACGGUGGACGUCUGGUGGCUGUUCGACGAUGGUGGUCUCACGCUGCUCAUCCCGUACCUGCUCACCAACAAGAAGAAGUGGAAGGACUGUAAGAUCCGUGUGUUUAUCGGGGGAAAGAUCAACAGGAUCGAUCACGACCGCAGAUCGAUGGCUACACUGCUCAGCAAGUUCAGGAUAGAUUUCUCUGAUAUCACAGUCCUUGGAGACAUCAACACAAAACCCAAGGCUGAGAGAUUGGAAGACUUUUCCCAAAUGAUCGAGCCCUAUAAGCUGAGAGAGGACGACAUGGAGCAGGAGGCAGCGGAGAAGCUGAAGGCCGAAGAACCCUGGAGAAUCACAGAUAAUGAGCUGGAGCUUUACAAGGCCAAGAGUAAUCGUCAAAUCAGACUGAAUGAGCUAUUGAAGGAGCACUCGAGCACAGCCAACCUUAUCGUCAUGAGUAUGCCCUUGGCCAGAAAAGGGGCGGUGUCCAGUGCCCUGUACAUGUCCUGGUUGGACACGCUGUCCAAGGACCUCCCUCCUAUUCUAUUGGUUCGCGGCAACCAUCAGAGCGUCCUUACGUUCUACUCUUAAACCAUUUGAUUAUCACUGAUCCUGUAAAGCACACCUUGAUGAUAUGCUGACACUUAACACAAAUGUGCACACACCAACACAAAGAAGGUAGAUUACCUGGAACUGUCAGGUAAUGAGUGCGAUGGACAAGUGGACGAUACAGAGACUGACAGCAUCUUUGGCAAGGUCUUCAUUUUUGUAGCUCAGUGAUGUCCGACACUGAGAAAUUACACGGAGACCGGGAACGAGAAGUGCUUUAUCCAGGCAUCGGAAAACAAGAUGAGAACCUGUUGGAUGAUUUAAGGUCACAGUUUCUUUGGCUCACAGAUAUCUGAGCGUGAAGUACAUAUUGUUCUGAUCACCAUUAGCAUCAUUAGAAACAUCAUAAUAAAUUGUGUGUAUAUAUAUAUAUAUAUAUAUAUAUAUAUAUAUAUAUAUAUAUAUAUAUAUAUAUAUAUAUAUAUAUAUAUAUAUAAUAUUAUUAAUUUUACUUUUUUGCUUUUUGAUCAGCAAUAAUCACCCUUUGUUCCUUUUUCCUUACUUGGGAGAAAACCAUGCAGAAUGCUUUGCAACACCUUUUACAGCCUUAUAGAUGUGCCUUCCAGUUCAAUCAGAUUAGAUUAUUAAACUUUGCCCUGAUGUGUGUUCACGUUAAAAUGCAAGUAUCUUUCAGAUUGGGUAUUUAAAAUUUAUUUAUUUUAUUUUUUUUUGAUGCUGGUGUAAUAGCAUUAGCAUCGGUUUCCACUCCUUAUAUUAAAAAAAAAAAAAAUUCUUUUUUUUCCUCUUUCUGGAAAGGUUUAUUUUUCUCCAGUUGCCUUUUUCUUCUUCUUCUUCUUUUUUUUUCUUCUUCUUUCUUUCUUUUUCAUAUUUCAGGUCUUCCUUUAAACUGUGAACGGGUUUUUAGUGUUCCCAGCGUAGUACCCUCCGCUAACCCUGGAUGUGAAUUGAAAUGUGUGGUUGUAGGGCACUCGAACCUUAACACUGUAGAACUUGAUCCCUCAAGGGUAGAGAAAGAACAGCUUAUGGCUUUAAGACGACAGGUUCUUGUCUGAAAGAAAGUUGUUCCAAAUAAGCGGGACAUCAAAGCUGCUAACAAGUGAUGGACACAGAACAAUCAACCAAAUAAGAUGUGUAACCUCUCUGAACAUGCAUUUACCUAAUUCCACAAUUCUUCAGGUUCUGCUACAGAGGAUAACUUUGCCUUAAAAAGCAGAAGUGAUGAUUGUUAACUUCUAUCUUAUAAGCCAUACUGGCUGGUUGAUUGAUUGAUUAGUGGGUAAAUGCAGUUGUAGACAGAUCAAUAGAUGCAUAAAAAUGUGUAAUGUCAGUUGUCUUUUUUUUUUUCUUUCCCUUAAUCUGUGUUAAUUUUGUCUUAAAAUUGACCCUCCCUCUCCUCCCCAAUAAAGUGGGCCAUGUUUUUUCAUACAGUCCAGACAAAGUAAGGCUUUUUAAGCGUCUCACAUCAAUAAGUCUUGUUAUUACCUGGACAUAAAUCAACUCUCCUCUCUAUCUCAGUUACAGUGUAAAGUAAUGGACUGUUAGAGCAUCCUGUUGUUUUUGAGUUAUAUUAGCGUCAUAAUUUAGGAGCUUCCCUGCCUCGUACGGUCGUGUGCAGUCUGUUUUCGAAGCCAUGCUAGAGUUUUCAGAAUGUAUUGAAAAGUUGACGGAGAUGACGAGAAUGUUAUUCCUCAUGACGUUGAGUGUAAUUUAAAAAAUAAAAAUCCCAACUCAGGAUUGGAGCCCCGCCCCACUCCCCAAAACUCCUCCCCUCAAUUACUUGCAGUGAUUUUUACCAUUUAUUGUUUAUUGUCGAUGAUUGUCAUUGUUUGUCAACAGGACCAGGGAAGAUUGAGAUGGAGGAUGUGAAUUCUGUGAUCAGAGUUUUGGCUAGUGGGGUAUUUUUUUUUUUAAAUAAAAGAACUGGGAAGAAAUUGCCUUAGGAUGAACUCCGAGAACAAACUAAUGAUAACGAUUUACACGCAUACCGUUUUGCCUCCUUCCUGUAGUCUUCAUUAAAUGUGAGGCUUUAAAAUGUCAUUUGAAUGUAAACACUAAUGCUGAAAGGACGAGCGGUUCUGUUUUCUGUCCACACAUUUUUUGCAAAGUAUUUAUCCCCCCUUCAGCUUUUCUCUACAGAGCCACAAGACAUGCUUAAUGGUGUGAUGUUGAUUUGUUAGGUACUUUGUACUAUAAACGCACAACUUCAUCUUGAACAACGUGUGUUCAUCACCCAUCGCCAUGUGAGAAGUUUGCCAUGCACAAUUGAAUAUACUCAUAUUUAUAACUCUCUCUCUCUCUCUCUAUAUAUAUAUAUAUACUCUAGUGUGUAAACAGAAUUUGUAUUUAGUGCGUGUGACACGUGUACAAUGUACCAAUCACCUACUGUGUGUUUGUACAUAAGUGUGAUAAAUGUAUAGCUGUGGCAGUAGAGGCUACUGUACUGUGGGAUAAAUGGGGCACUUCAUAUGUGCCUUUCACAGCUGUUGUGUGCUAGACCUUCCAGAUCAACUCCGUGUGUGUGUCCCCAAGUUGCUGCAUUUCUAUCAACCUACUGGUCCAUGUGUAGCCAAAGCCCAGUUCUUCUCACUCCAACAGAGCUGGGAGCCAUGACAAAUGAUGAAAAGCAGGAAGGUGCGCUCCUGCGUGUAGCUCCCGAGUCUAGUUCACACUGUAUUUCUGUACUAACUUGUAAAUACAUUCUAGCCUGACCCGAUAAAUUAAGGGAGUGGAAUAAUAAUAAUAAUGACAAAAAAAAAAAAAAAAAAUUAAUCUGGAGAUAUUUAUUUUUAGUUUAGAUUUCUCCUUUUUUUGUUAUAAAUUAAUUGCAUGUUGAUUUUUCUUUUCUCUCUCUUGAUUUUUUGAUUACUUUUAAAACUUUGUUCUUCCUUUUUGUCUCAAUAUUUCUAUCUUUUAUAUGCCUUUUAAUGAAGAGCUUGGGCACGUCGUUGAGUGGGAUGGAUCUAAUGGAUCUUAGAUGGAAGAGUAAUGUUUUGUACUGUUAAUUGUCACAAAUGAUUUUUCUAACAUUUUAACAUUUAAGGUUACCAAUACUUUGUACAUCUUUAUUGCAAUAAAUAAAAAAAAUCGAAUGUAAACUCUAAAA